AAACAGGGGAGAGCACUUCAAAUUUAUCAAUACAAAAUAUUUGCUCACACACUUCGCCUGGUAAACCAAUCUAGAAUCUUAUUUUUAUUAAUUUGUAUUACUAAAAAAAAAUAAAAAAAUUGCCUACUGGUAAUUGCCCCUUGCGUCAAAUAUAUUUUUCAAUUUCGAAAUAAAAAAUAUGUAGACUAAAUGCUAAUUGAUUUUAGUAAUAAGUAUUCGUCCUUAGCCUAAACAGUACUAAAUAGUGAAGUGGUGCUCUUCAACUCGUUCAGGCUCUACCUCACUUACCUCAGAGCUUGCCUGGGCUGCUAUAAACUUAAACCAUUGGGCCAGCCCUGCUUUACUCUCUCUAGCCUCUCAGUCAGUCUCAGACUUAUAAAUAUGAUUCUUUCUUCUUUGGCUACCAAUUAUUCGGGUCAUAUAAUAUGAUUUUCAUUGUGCCUUUAUUGUAUUGCCAUUGCUGGAUUGCCUCAGCAUUUUAGUUAGGUCAGUGAUGGGUAGGGGAAGACGCGCCUAUUGCAUAAAUUAUGUGAUGGAUAGCACACAAAGCAUCCUAUCCUAUACAUAAUUUUCUAUGGGUAGAACGUGGCCUUAGUGGUGACCAAAAGAAUCAUUAUUAAUUAUACAAAAAGUGUACAGUUUUAUGGAAAACAAAUAAUCAAAAAUUAAAUCGGAGUAGUAGCUUUUUCAUUAAAAAUAUGAUAUGAAAAUGUGAGUUUGCCUAUCCUUUUUUAAGGGAUAUUACUAUAGGCUAUUACUAUGAUAACUAAGAUUUUGGAUUUGAUCACCUCAUUCCGGGACCAAAUUCUGUUGAUUGUAGUUUUACAUAAUACUGCAUUAAGAUUAUUACUUGUAAAAAAAAAACUGUUUCUUUAAUACAUGUUAAUUUAUGUUUUCAUAUUAAAAAAAUGUGCAUUUUAUUCAGCAAAAUAAUCUUAAUAAUGGGAUCGAGUGCAGAGGUCGAGUGCAUAUCCUACUAACUAAAGAGUAUUUGGUCAAAAUAAAUAACAAUGAACAUUCAUUAUUCAGUCAGUUUCAUUGAAGUUGACUUUUUUGUUUUACAUUUACAUAUUAUUAUUAUUACAUGCAGAUGGAUUAUUAUAAUUUUAAUUCCAAUCAACUAAACUUAGUGCGUAGUGACUUUAUUGUGGGAUAUGUGAGAACACCAAAGAUGAAGAGAGAGGACAACAAGCGCAGUCUCAGCUUGGUUUUUUUGUUUUAUUACUGCUGGUCCUGCGCAGUGCAAUGACAGACAUUUAUCAGAUAUUUUGAUAGAUUUAGUUAUAGUCUGGUGAUAACGGCGUGUUGUCGGCAUGAGGGGGGAAACAGGAAUAGUUGAUUGUUGUGCGCAUUGCCACAAUAAAAAAUUGAUCUCUGAGAAGCCGCAAUUAUUGAUAGGGCUGAACUCACCCAAUCCAGUCCCUUUGUUUUAGUUAUUACUACCUUGCUUGUGCUUAGGUCUAGGACUUAUAUUAUAUUUUGUAUGCUAAAAAAGUGUCUUUAUAAAAUGUUAAAAAGUUUGAUUCUUGUUCUUCUCAUGAGUCAAACUUAAGAGUAAUGAACUAUUUUAAAUUUAAAAUUAAAGUCGUAUUUAAUUAUUUGCCUUUUAAUAAAAUAGUUCUUUUCCCCAGCAUAUCAUAGAGUUCUGAGGAGUACAAGUAUGAGCCUAAUUAGAUCUUACCUCACAAAUGUCAAUGUAUUUACCAGACUUAUGAGAGCAUCUCAAUACAAUGUAUAUCAGAUGUCACAAUACCAUGAGACAUUUGGUAGGAUUUCACCUGAUAGGCUUCAGCUAUCAUUUAAGCCACAAUUACCAAAAUUCAACCACUCAGGUAUCAACAUAUUACAGCCCACUUCCAUGACAUGGUGUGUGUGUCGAACAUAUGCUAAAAAAGGCAAAGAUAAAGGUGAGCUAUUUAUUUACAUGAAAAUAUGGACAUAACGUGUGUUCCUUAAUGUAUAGUACCCAAAAACCUAAUUUAUGCCCCAAUUUUUCAACGUAUGGAUUUAAUACUCUGUACUUUCAAUGAAAAAUUAGUAAUUUUUACCUAAUAAUAUUAUUUUUGUCUUUUAAUAGUUACAGAUUUCAAGCAUACAUUUGCCAUUUUAUUGCAAAUAAGGGAAAUAUUUUUUAAAGUAAUGGUUUAACUCGAUUACUUUACAAUGCUUGAAAUGUGCAACCAAAAUGAUGAUCUUGUUAAAUGAAUAUCAGGAGGCAAAGCACACAAGAAAAUGACCUUGACCCCAGAGCAGCUAGAGGGAUUAGUUGACAUGGAGAAGGUGAGACAAGACUUUACCCAUGUUUUAGACGAACUUAAAGAACAAUUCAUACAUCACAUAACUGUGAGGACGUCACAAGGUAAUUGUUAAUUAAUUUUGUCAUUUACUCAUCCAAAUAAACAAUAAAAUAAAUGUUUACCAUAGUUGUUUAUCUGAAAUUGAAGGGCCGAUGUGUAAGGAGUUAGUUCCAAAUGAUACCAAAUAUCAAACCCUUAAAUGUAGAGUUUCAUCAGACAUUCAAUCUCAUCUCUAGGAGUUUUUGACAACCUUGUGGUUAAAACACCCGAAGGAAACUUUCCGUUGAUACAGCUGGGCCAGAUUGUGCAGAAAUCACCACAGCUUUUGACCAUUGACCUAACCACUAGUCCACAGGUAUACUAUCAUAAUGUGGUCUAAGAACUGUCGCAUGAUGAAUCGAAUUUUGAGAUGUAUAUCAGUAGCAAAGUUUAGGUUAAAUAACUUUACUGACAUCUCAGAUGUUAGGUGAUAAAAAAGUGAGAUUAAAAAUGAAACAAUGGACUUUUCCAUGAAGAGCUUCCAAUAAUUUCCAUCAAUAUAUAUAUUCUUAUUCAUUGAUAAAUAAAAAAAUCCUAUUUUCCACGAUGUAUUUAAAUGAUAAAUUUAUCCUGUUAUUGACACUAUAAAAAAUAAAUAAUAACUUGGGAAACAACCAGAUUUGAUAUUUUUAUUUCAUUAUUAAAAAUGAUGUGACUGUAGUAUUUUCUUGUGCACAGUACAUCGGUCAGGUCAAGGAGGCGCUCGCAGGCUCAGGAAUGAACAUAAACCCUCAGCAGGAUGGAACAAGCCUGUUCAUACCUAUACCCAAGUAAAUAACUUAUCUAACAUGUUUUUAAAUCAAGUCACCCAUCUUUUAGCUCAGUGCAGUGGCAAAUUCAAGUGUGAGGAGAGGAACUGGCAACUUCUACAAUGUUCUUGGCAUGAUCCUCAUAUACAUUUUUAAUACAAUCCCUUUUCUAGUGAAAACUAUUCUUUGUUGGCAUUCCUUUUAUUAUGAAUGCCAUUCUUUGUGUGCCACUGCAGAACAACGGCUCCAGUUGUAAAUCUAGACCACUAGAUCCACUUGUAAAUCUAGACCACUAGAUCCACUUGUAAAUCUAGACCACUAGAUCUACUUGUAAAUCUAGACCACUGACCAGUUUACAGAGAGUGUUUCACAAUAUUUUUCUAAGAACUUAGUUUUUAAAAUUUUGUUUGUUCCAUUUUAGUCUUAAAAAAUAAAGGAGUUAAUUUCUCUGUUGUAUGCUAGAUGUGGAAUGGCACGGGUUUAGAGGAGGGGGUGUGUGAGAAGGGACUUCUGGUCUCUAGAUGUGGAAUGGCAUGGGUUUAGAGGAGGGGUGUGUGAGAAGGGACUUCUGGUCUCUAGAUGUGGAAUGGCAUGGGUCUAGAGGAGGGGUGUGUGAGAAGGGACUUCUGGUCUUUAGAUGUGGAAUGGGAUGGGUUUAGAGGAGGGGUGUGUGAGAAGGGACUUUUGGUCUCUAGAUGUGGAAUGGCAUGGGUCUAGAGGAGGGGUGUGUGAGAAGGGACUUCUGGUCUCUAGAUGUGGAAUGGCAUGGGUUUAGAUGAGGGGUGUGUGAGAAGGGACUUCUGGUCUCUAGAUGUGGAAUGGCAUGGGUUUAGAUGAGGGGUGUGUGAGAAGGGACUUCUGGUCUCUAGAUGUGGAAUGGCAUGGGUUUAGAGGAGGGGUGUGUGAGAAGGGACUUCUGGUCUCUAGAUGUGGAAUGGCAUGGGUUUAGAGGAGGGGUGUGUGAGAAGGGACUUCUGGUCCUGUUGAACAUUGAAUUCAUUAUUAACAGGGCAAUUUGAUUAUCAAAUUUUUUAAUUCAGGAAAUACAUCUUAAUUAACAAUACGACUUAAAUGAAACAAUUUUUGCCACAUCAGGUACUAAGUUUAAUGAUAGGAACUAGAUAAAAUAAAGAAAAUAAACGAAUAUGGAGAAUCUAUAACACACUACAUGUAACAGAAUUUAAAAAAAACAUUGAUUAUUGAUGAAAAAAAUCUAAAUUUUUGUCAUGCCUCCACUGUGAUACCUUCUUUCCUUGGGGCCGUAAGUUGUAAAUUGCUGGGUUUUUUAACACAAGCUCUGACCACCCGAAGAUCAAAUCAAUGAUGUCAGGAUAUUCGAGUUGUAUACAGUCAAAUAGUGUUAGGAAUCUAUGAUAAUCCCUGUGCAUGAUGUCAGGAUAUUGGAGUUGUAUCCAGUCAACUAGUGUUAGGAAUCUAUGAUCAUCUCUGUGCAUCCAGGGAACCUUUUUUACAAAUGUAUUUGUCAUUUUUUUUGCUCCAAAACUUUAUAAGAAUUCUCAUUUUGAUUUAGGGAUGUUGGUAAGUGCGAUGACCUACCUAUCGUUUAUAAUUAACUAUAAUUAACUAUCUGCUUAAGAGUCACCAGAGAACAUCGAGAGACCUUAGCCAAGAAUGCAAAGUUACAAAGUGAGAAGUCCAAGAAACACCUGCGGGAUGUCUUCUCCAAGUAUUCCAAAAAAAUCAAGUCCAGGGAUGGUUUUUCUGCAGAUGACCUCUCGGCUGCCGAGGACAUGGUACAUAUGUGGCAAAUUUUAAUUUUUAAAAACUAUUAUUGUUUGACAGAAGAUAGAAAUUGAGUUCAGCUGCUUCCUGAAUAUUAUUAUAUUUAAAAAAAAAAACCAACUAUAAUAUAAUGUUCAAUUAUAAUUUAAAAUCUACGAUCUGUGGCACAGGUCUCAAGUGGUGCACCUUACUCUUUGAAUUUUUCAAAGUAAACCUGACCUCCUCCCCAUCCUUAUAAACUGUAAAGAGAUAGUCAUCAAGAUUUUAAUUAUUAUUUGAUUGAAUCUGAGCGCAUCCUGUUGCUAAGUAUUUAUUUUUGGAUUUGCAAUUAUAAUUACAAGCAGGGUCUGUGAAAGUACGUGCCAUAUCUUAUGUGCAAUAUCUUACGAGAUGAACAAAAAUCUUGAUAUAAAUGUUUAUUUUUAACUGCCAGGUAAAAGAUUUAAUGCACGAGGUUCUGAACCAGAUUGAUGAAAUGACAAUUGCCAAACAAGAGGAGUUGAUGGGGGGCAAGUAGCUGUUGUAAAUCAAGUAGUGCUUUCAAGCAACAAUGUCCACAAAGACUUCUCUCAUCAUAAAGCCAAACACAAGGCUGUCGUAAGGAAUGAGGAGAUGACACAAAAGUGCUGUUUAAAAUGUGGUCUAUUCAAUAAAAAUCUUCAAACAUUAUUAACUUUAAUUAUUUUGCUAGUGAAAUUAUAUUGAAAAGAAUAUGAAAUAUUUUAAAAUUUAAGACAUAUAAUAUAUGAUUAUUUAGAUGCACUUCUGUCAAUAAUUUCCUCAUGAAUACUAGACUGAUGACCAUUUUGAGGAAGUCCUUUAUUGCAUGUUCAGUUUGAUAUGACAAAAUCAUUUAGAUAACCAGUCAGAGGGAUGAGAUAUUAAAAAAAAAUCAUGAUGGUUUCUUUUCUUUAGUGGACGUUUCAUCUUGUCAUUAUUGUUCUUUUCUAAGUAUUUUUGUUAAUAUAUGAAGUACCUUGUUCAAGGUGAUUGUCUGACAUUAAAUUUGCUGGUUUAAAAAAGUGUGACUGUUGAAAGUUGAUGUAAACAUUUCAAAUCUUUUCUCUCCCAUACUCAUGAGUUGUUUCUGUUUUACUCAGGAGAUUGUUAUGCAAGCAUUAUUAAUAUUUUAAAAUUAGUGGACUAUUUGGAUUAUCAAAAUUUUAUAGUCAUAUUUCAUGUUCAAAUUAUUGACAUUAUUUUUUGUAAAAAAAUAUUUUAUAGUAUAAAUAUGGAUGCAUAAAAUGCCAUCAUGUGUUCUAGAUCUUUAAUUGUUAUUAAUACAAUCAAUAUUGAUAUUAUUCUUGUGUGUGUGCACAGUGAAUAAACUGAAAUAAAUUCUUGUAGUUUAAAAAAAAAAUAUAUAGCUCUUUUGAUCA